AGAUCACUAAUAAUUCAUCACGCCACCAGGAACCACUCAACAACACGAGUACGCGACCCUAAACUUACCGGCCAACUCUCCAAAUCAAUAACCCUUUCUUCUCCUGGCUACCUUCUUCGUCUAAUUCCAGAGAGGCCGAUUGAGGAAUUGCAAGCUUCAGAGCUAAACCUAACGGCGGACGAGAGACGAUCGACGAUGAUGACGGAAAGCUCGUCGUCCACAACUCCUUUGCUUUUCCGCAACCUUAUAACUUCCCUGUUCAUUUUGGCGGAGGCUUCCAUAUCAAGCUUGGCCCAAAAGCACAAAGCCCUAGAACUCGUACGCUACGUUUUCGCCUCUUCAUUUCUCAUCCAAGAAUAGGUCGGCCAAGAAUUACGAACCCUCAUCCUAUUCCACCUUGUACGAGGCUAACUGUCGAAGUAGAAAUCACAAGUAUAUGCCCGCUGCUAACGGUGGGGACGACGGUGGCAGCGAUACGGCUAUAGCUCGAGCACUUUCGCAGCUACUGUCGAUCGUCAAUGAUAUCCCGGUGAGCUCCCGCAAGUACCAAGUUGUUCAAUCUUUAGCAGAGAACGUCAUCCAUGACAACCAGCGGGAGGACGUGGAGUCUUUGCGUCAAGUGAAUCGUACGGUUCUGUCGACAGCUUUUUCGAGGACUCUAAGCCAGCUUGUAGCCGCCGCUACUCUUGAACAACAGCAGCACGGCGGUGGAGGCGGCGGCGACAUUGCUGGUUUGGAUCCUGGUCAUCAACAUCAUCAUUGGGUAGUAAGGGCAGUUCGGUCCGUUGCGGAUGUGGUGUGGACAAAGAGGGUGAGCAGCAGCGGGUCGAGGAGCUCGGCGGAGAAGCUAGCGGCGGAGCUGCUGUGGUUGGCUGAGACGUUGGCGAGUUGUGGCUUUUGUGAAGAGUCUGUGAGGAGAUGGGCAUCCGCCUGUACAUUGGCUCGCCUCUCUCUUUCAGCUGAGCCCCGCCUGCAAGCCUCCUUAGUCAAGCUUUCAGCAUUGUUGUUAAAGUAUGCCAAAGACAUGGGAGUAAAUGAAGAUAGUGCUGAUGAUAAUGUGAGCAAGAAAGAGCAGCUAAAAAGAAACGAAGAAAAGAUGCAGAUGCAGAUGUUGAUAUUGUGGAUUCCAUUGUUGUGCAUAGCCCCCAAUGGAACUGAUGCGCCCGUUUUGAGCGUCGGCGAAAGGGCUGAGCUUGAGAGAGUAAUGGCAGAGACCAUAGAAAUGCUGGAAGUAGAAGAUCAAGAGCGAGUUCUAUCCUUGUGGCUCCACCACUUCACAUAUUGCUCCUCUUCUGAUUGGCCCAAUCUACAUGCCUCGUAUGCUCGCUGGUGUAACGCUUCUCGCAAGCACUUGCUAAAUCACAAUCAUAAUUUAUAGCUUUAUUAUUGUUACAUACUGUACUAAUAUUGGCGCGCACAAGUCUGUUGUAUAAAUUAACAAGCUUUGAAAUAGUUA